CCGCCGUUAAACCAAAGAAGGAGUAACGCGAGAUAGAACAACAACAGCUGCCAGUUCAAUGUCAAGUUUCAAGCCAUCCAUGUCUGAACCCAAGUCCCCGGGUUCUUACUGUGGUGUUCCAGCACAGAGAAGCUCACAGUGGGGUCCAGAGAUGGUCUUAGUGAAGCUGGAGGACUGCAGUCAUCCACUGGAACUCAAUGUGAUAGUCAAAGAGGAGGAGGAGGAGAGAGGGAUUAAAGAGGAGGAGGAGGAGGAGAGAGCAUUCACAGAGGAGCAGAGAGCAGUCACAGAGGAGGCGGAGCAGAGAGCAUUCACAGAGGAGCAGAGAGCAGUCACAGAGGAGGCGAAGGAGAGAGCUUUCACAGAGGAGCAGAGAACAUUCAAAGAGGAGGCGGAGGAGAGAGCAUUCACAGAGGAGCAGAGAGCAUUCACAGAGGAGCAGAGAGCAUUCACAGAGGAGCAGAGAGCAGUCACAGAGGAGCAGAGAGCAUUCAAAGAGGAGGCGGAGGAGAGAGCAUUCACAGCGGAGCAGAGAGCAUUCACAGAGGAGCAGAGAGCAUUCACAGAGGAGGCGGAGGAGAGAGCAUUCACAGAGGAGCAGAGAGCAUUCACAGAGGAGCAGAGAGCAUUCACAGAGGAGGCGGAGGAGAGAGCAUUCACAGAGGAGGCGGAGGAGAGAGCAUUCACAGAGGAGCAGAGAGCAGUCACAGAGGAGGCGGAGGAGAGAGCAUUCACAGCGGAGCAGAGAGCAUUCACAGAGGAGCAGAGAGCAGUCACAGAGGAGGCGGAGGAGAGAGCAUUCACAGCGGAGCAGAGAGCAUUCACAGAGGAGCAGAGAGCAUUCACAGAGGAGGCGGAGGAGAGAGCAUUCAGUGAGGAGCAGAGAGCAUUCACAGAGGAGCAGAUAGCAUUCACAGAGGAGCAGAGAGCAUUCACAGAGGAGGCGGAGGAGAGAGCAUUCACAGCGGAGCAGAGAGCAUUCAUAGAGGAGGCGGAGGAGAGAGCAUUCACAGAGGAGCAGAGAGCAUUCACAGAGGAGCAGAGAGCAGUCACAGAGGAGGCGGAGGAGAGAGCAUUCACAGAGGAGCAGAGAGCAUUCACAGAGGAGGCAGAGGAGAGAGCAUUCACAGAGGAGCAGAGAGCAUUCACAGAGGAGCAGAGAGCAUUCACAGAGGAGGCGGAGGAGAGAGCAUUCACAGAGGAGCAGAGAGCAUUCACAGAGGAGCAGAGAGCAUUCACAGAGGAGCAGAGAGCAUUCACAGAGGAGGCGGAGGAGAGAGCAUUCACAGAGGAGCAGAGAGCAGUCACAGAGGAGGCGGAGGAGAGAGCAUUCACAGCGGAGCAGAGAGCAUUCACAGAGGAGCAGAGAGCAUUCACAGAGGAGGCGGAGGAAAGAGCAUUCACAGAGGAGCAGAGAGCAUUCACAGAGGAGCAGAGAGCAUUCACAGAGGAGGCGGAGGAGAGAGCAUUCACAGCGGAGCAGAGAGCAUUCACAGAGGAGCAGAGAGCAUUCACAGCGGAGCUGUAACUUUUUCUUUGAAGGGGAGAGAUCUCCAACCCAGGUUCAGACAGUGAGCCCAGUUCCACAGCAUCAACAAACAAUAAACAACACAGACAGAGGAACUCAAGACAG